UUAAUCCAUGGUGCACUUUUUUUUAUCAGGUAGAACCGAUAUUACAGAUAUUAAACGUGUGAAUAAUUGUAGACCACUCAUAGUGUUUAAAGGUGCUUUGUCUCCAUCUAGAGGUGAAAAGGAGCACUGUAUCGCUCUAAAUUCCUCCACAGAUUUCUUACAGGCUUAGAAUAAUUUCAUUUAGCAGCCAGAAUCCAUAAUCACUAGGAAGAAAACGGACCUAAGGGGGGUUUUAGCAGUACAAAUUUGCCAUUUCGCAUAAGAAAACACCAUCGUGGAUGUUUUAAGAAAUGAAACAAACCGUCUUUACUGCAUUUUUUCUAUAUUCUUUGCCUCCCCUUUGUGUGUUUUAUAACCUCAGGAAGUAAACAAGUGGCAGGACUUCGCACGCUGUCUACCGCAACAGUGACGUCUACUAGAAUAGCCAUGGAAAAAAAAUAGCCUAGCAGCGGGCUCUGAUUGGCUGUGCUAGAGCGCCUAGUCGCCCCUGAUUGGCUGAGCCGGAAAGCCUCGUUGUAUGUGAUUGGCCAGGAUGUGAAACUGUACACUACUGUACACAGACAACAACAAUAAAGCCGUGAUGAUAUGAGAUCAUACACACGCCGCUUCAAAAAAGAUAAGACAGGAGGAGGCGAGAAACCGGACAGUGAGACCGCUGAAGACAAUCACUUGGACUGGAUGUCUCCUAACGUGCUGUGGGUUUGCUCUUUAUUCCCAUUCGGUGAUGUUAAGAGUAAAAGAGGGAGAGAGACUGUGUGUGUGUGUGUGUGUGUGUGUGUGUGUGUGAACCUCGCUGAUUAAUUUAGGCAUGGUGCCUUUUGUUAUUUGGGUGUGUCUCGGGCCAUGAGCAAUCAAUACCUUCUGAAACUGAGGAAAGCCCAUUUUCAUUCCGAAAAGGAAGGAUACACACAAGUAAUAAACACAAGAAUAGGGAGUGAAGAAGGAGCAACGAUUCUGAAUCACUUCUUCAACAAGAAUUCAUCAAGAAUUACAGCUUUCACAAUGGGUGAGACGCCACACGGUGUAAGAGGAGAAACCGAUCCUUUGGAUGACGACGAAUCAAGAUGGUCAGAGAAGACCGGGAAUAUCGAUCCACCAAGGGUCGGAGGUCGAGUGCGGCUCUAUUCUGAGUCCCAGGUGCACACGGUGAGCCGCUGGGAAGACGCCGAGCUCCAGGAUGGAACUGCGGCUGAAGAGACUUCAGAUGGAGCUCCAUUCCGAGGCCGAUCCCAGUCCGCUCCCGCCGCACUGUGGAAAGCUAAGAAGUAUGGACGACAGCUGAGGAGGAUGAGCGAUGAAUUCGACACCUGGCUGGACAGAGGGGAUUUACGGCGAGUAAACAGUCCUGGAAAGGGGUCACAGAAGCAAACAAACCGUGGGUGGUUCUCCUUCAUCUGGGGAUCGAGAGAAGAGGAGGGAAGAGAAUAAAAUUUCCACAAAGUUAAAACGGAGAGAAAAGUGAAGCAACAAUCAUCACGACAAAGGCUGGUCAUGUGUCGUCACCGAUAUGGCCUUUUUUUAUUCAAAGUGCUCGAUCAAAACUGUUUAGAUUAAAAGAAAAAAAAGAUCAGUAAAAAAUAGAAGAAAGGUGCUAAAGCAUUCAACCACUGCAAUACAUGAUAAAUACUUUUAAGCAGAUUUGACAAUCUGAUUUGACAAUCUGUGAUAUUUAUGGACAAUCUCACAUCUACUGAUCAAUUCAACCCCUAAAUAUCUAUGAAUUAUUUAUUAAAUGGUACCCUUUAAAAUGAAUAUUUGGUAAGAAAUGUGAUAUAUUGUUCUAUGAUGUCUUUUACAAAUAAAUAAAUAUAUAUAUAGAUCUAUAUGUUAAGUUUUAAACAUUUGUCUUAUUGAAGAUUUUAAAGGAUUUUGAUGGUGAAAUGUACGUAUAAUCCAUGGACUCAAAAAAAAAGUCACUGGAGCAGCCUGUGAAAAUCGUGUGUAGUGCUGGUUUAAGAAUUAUGCGGGUAUUGGUCUAUCUCAGUCAGGUCCGGCUCAGGGUUUUCUUUUAUCAAGACGUUUGCUGUUGCUUUUUGUACCGUUUCCAUUUCCACUGUAAAACAUCAAUUGGGGACCUGAGUGCAUAAUGUGUUUGAGAUGUUUGGAUUUUAUGCCUUUUAAUGUACAUAUUUUCCUAAUGGAAGAACUGAUGGUUUGUUUUCAGCCUUUUAAACACACACACACACACACACACACACACACAGCACUGGACUUUAGCAGCUUGGGUUACCAUGCUUUGUAUGCAAAAGAACAGAGAGUUUCUGCCAAACCUGUGGUUAAGCAAAUCAUCACAGACGGACAACCCGAAUGCUGCGUAAGCUGGUCUUGAUUCUAGGCGUUUUGGUGAUGCCUUACUUGAAACGUGUUUCUAUUUGUCUUUUUCACAAGCUCUUGGUAAGAAUUUAUACGGCAUUUCAUAUAUUGUGAUGGAACUGUUUGUAUAAUGGUUUGUUCUGCUUGUAUUAUUGGUUUAAUCAAUUAUUUGUGAUCAAAUCAAAUAAAAUUUGGAAUUCGGUA